ACUUGUGUUGCUUGUUCCUACGAACCAACUCUAAGUCAAACAUGCAUAAUUUUGAAGUUUUUGGAGUUUCUAUAAAUAGAGCAUAAACUUUGGAGUUUCUAUAAAUUAAACACCAAAAAGAAGUGCAUUAUAUGGUAUUAACUGUCAAUUCUUUUAAUUAUUUCUUAGCCAUGUUUUAUAUAAUCUCAAGAUCCCUCUUAUUUAGAUGCGGCGUGAGUUUAUUUACCUAUGGUUCRGGAGUCACAAAGGCAGAUUUUGUGAGGACAUUUGAAAGGCAGAAGAGAGCGGGGAAAGAAAUGGGAUUUGUGAAAACACAGAUGGAUUUGGAUGGGACAAUGAAGCUUGCCCAUCAGACAGUGAAAACACAGGUCAAAGAGGUCGUUAUGGGACAUGUGGCGGAUCRAAUUUGGGAGUUGCAGAAGGACCACUUAGAACCAGGGGAGAUGCACCCAUAUUGAAAGAGAAAAGAGGGGGAGAGAACUAAAUGUGGGCACAUGGAGAUGGAGAAUCAUUGAUUUGCACCGUCAUUUUUGGGGCUUAUAAAUUGGCUUGAGCUGUUUCAAUUCUUGUGUCUGAUAUCUUCACGCGGAGAAAGCUCCAAGUUUUAUGUACUAUGGAGAAMAAGAAGCAAGUGGCUGCCUCUUCAUCUUCAAGUUUGGAUCAUCUUUUUGGUCCCAUGGACUCAAAUUCUGCUUCUUCAACAUCCACAGCUGGAUAUUUUGGCUCUAUUUUCCCACCACCGGUGGUGGAGAGGGAGAGAAAACAGGAUGUUGGAAAUCGAGYUGGCACUUGCAAUGUUGGGAAUCCAGAUAAUGCUUCUUUAAAUGGCAAAAAUGGAACCGGUGGUGCAACUGGGAAAGAUGCAAGCUCCAUGUAUCAGAAUGAAACUAUGGGACCAAGUUACUUUAGUUCCUCCAUCCUUUAUGGUGGCCAAGAAAAUUACUCCCCAAGAACCAAGGCCUCAGAAUCCCACCAUAAUUUUAAAAAAGAAGGGAAAGACGACGAAGUAAACGGAGGCAAUCCUAACUCUGCUUCAAGAGGAAACUGGUGGGAGGGUUCUCUUUAUUACUAACACUCCAAUUAUAAUGGGGUUCCCCUCCCAUUUUGCAUAGGAUCUGGUGACAGUAUAAUCUACAUUACAUUAUCAGGAACAAGUUAAGCUACCAUAGUAAUAAAAAGUAGAGUUUGAAGAGGUCUGCAAGGUUAUGGUCAAAGAAUGAAGCUGUAUGGUUCAUUUUGUUCCAUUUAGUCAAUUUUGGGAGGUCGUAUGCCGUAUGGUUCCCACACUAGCCUUCCCCAUACACUCUAUGAACAUAAAGCAUUCGCCACAAUUAAAAAGAUUGCCAGAAAACUGAUGAUCUUGUGAGAAUCUUCCAUAAUAUAUCUUCAAUGGGAUGAUGAAACAUCUUUCUUUCA